UUUAAAGAAUCCAUUGUUUAUUUGAUUCAACAUCAAUUUUCUAAUUAUAGCAGCUCAAUCGGAUCUCGAUGCAUUACUAUUCCUUGUUUAGAAAGUCAAUUUAUAGGGGUGUUUGGUAAUUAUAUUGCAUGGUAUGCACCUACCCAACAAACCUAUGAAUGUCAAACUGCAGUAAUUUUAUUUACACCAACACAAACUAAAGAUGAUUAUAACAAUACAAAGAAUUCAGGUUUUAAUACUUUAUCUCAAGAUCAAAAUGCAACCAA